AUGGAUCGUCAAGUUUUUGUGCCCCGCCGCAGCGGCAGCGCGAGUAACACUAGUAAUAGUAGCAGGGACGCCUUCAGCGAUGCCGACGGCGAACCGACGCACGCGUUAACUCGGGAAGGUGCUCAAGUUGCCGGCGGUGAAGCGGCAGGAGCACCACCACGCCUCACGACGACGACGACGACGGCGGUCCCCGAGCUUCAGCCCAGCAAACUCCAGCGUGUGCAGAAACACGUGGACCCGGCAAAGGAAGACGCGUCGCCGACACCCCUCCACGCCCACGAGGAUAGCCCGCACGUGGAAUCCCCGCGUCGACUGAGCCGCACCGAGCGCGACGAGGCCGCACUCAAGAAGCUCUUCUCCGAGUACGUCAUCCGCAUCUCCUUCUUCCUGUGGUGCCAGGGUUUGAUCAACAACUUCCACUACAAUUUAGUCAUCUCCGGCGCCAGCCGCCUCGCCGCGAGCUUCAGCAUGACGCAGUACGUCGCCCUCAUCUCUUUCAUGAACGUCUUCUUCGGCAUUAUCGCGCGCAUCAUGAAUGCCUUCGUCGCUCACCGCAUCUCCUACAACAUCCGCAUGACGCUCAUGUCGUGCGGGACGAUCAUUGGCCUCCUCGUGGUGAGCUUUGCCGGGGACAUCGGCGGCAGCAACAACACGGCGUCGUUUGUGGUGCUUCUGAUCGGUGUCGCCUUCACGGGCACGUCGUACUCGUAUGGCGAGACGGUGGCGCUCUCGUUUGUGCAGCGUUACCCACCGAACAUCGUCGGUGCCUGGGGCUCGGGCACCGGCAUCUCCGGCGUCAUCACCGCCCUCCUCUUCAUCGCUCUGACGAGUGCUGGGGUCUCGCUGAAGGUAAUCUUUCUCAUCACGCUGCCGCUGGCGGUGUGCUACUGGCUCGUCUUCUGCUUCGGCCUUGUCGCCCCGCACAAGGUCGUCACCAUCACCUACACGGAUGGCAGCCGGCCGCCCGAGGAGGUCGUCCUGCACCGCGGCUUCGAGAACAAGAAGAUGCGUGAGCUGGAGGCCCGGAUGCCGGAGAUCGAGAUCAGCGACUACACCUAUCGCAUGAUCAUGAACUUCCGUGGUUUGUCGUGGAGCACGAUCCCGCCGCCGGCGACGAUGUACGGCAAGCUACCGGGCAGCAACGUCGUGAACGACGAGGACAUCUUGUACUCCCGCAGCGCCGAUGCGAUGGACCAGGUCGUCUACGAGAACCAGAAUGACUACAAGACAGACGAUCUCUACUACCCGUGUUGCCGCUUCAUGUGCGGGUGCUGCUCUCGCACCUCCGGCCCGCGGCGGUGGUGGGGCCGCAACGGCUACGUGGUGGGCAUGCUGCACAACAGCAUGUUUUGGUUCUUCUUCAACCUCUGCGUCGUCUACAUCGCCGAGUACGCGGCGCAGUUCAUGGCGCCCUUCAGCUUCUACUGCAAGGUUUCCUGGGAGGGCAGCUUCUGGGUCAGCAACUCGUACACAAUCACGCAGUUUUGCUACCAGCUCGGGGUCUUCAUCUCGCGUAGCUCGCUCAUGUGCGUCAAGAUCCCGUACGUCGGCGUCAUCUCCAUUCUGCAGGUCAUCAACGCGGUGGGGUGGCUGGUGCAGGCGAAGACGAAGUUCAUCUCGAUCCACAGCAGCCAGUCCGCCGAGACGGGGCUGUCGUUCCUGCUCUUCGCGUGGAUGCUCUUCGUCGGCCUCCUCGGUGGUGCCUCGUACGUGAACGUGUUCUACCUCAUCCUCUGCCGCGGUCAGGCGAUGCAGCAGAAGGAGGAAGAUGAGGCGAUCCGUCGCUACCUGGAGAGCCGGCCUGCGUUCGACGGAAGCGAUACGCAGACGGUGGCGACGGUGCCGCUGAAGUCGACCCGGCCCGUCCCGCGCGAGCGCCAGGUCGAGGAGAGCAACAGCAGCAGCAGCAAUAACAACAUGGCGGUGCUGGACGGCGCGAACACGAACGCGGCCGCGGAGCCGGAGGUGAUCGUCACGACGGCACCUGCCGGCACGGUGAAGUCCAAGCCGCCGGCUGCGGUGAAGAAGCAUUCGCAUAAGAAGAGCAGCAGAGAGAGCGCCUCCCAAUCACCUCCCGCUGCGGCGGGGACCCACAACGCGGCCAGUCCGCUGGGUAAGAAGGAGGUGGAAGGCCGCAUCAUGCACUCCGACAGCGACUCGACCGACGAUGAACUGCUCGAUGGCGCGUCGGUGAACGUGCCGGAGAAUUUGGAUGCGGACCCGGCGCUGGUGCGACUGGGUUUAACGAACCGCCGGUUGUCCGAUGCGGAGGCGGACGAGAUCGAACUGAUUCGCACCGCGUCCGCCGAGGAGUGGCAGCGUCGGCGUGAGCUGAGCAUGAGUAUGGGCUCUCUAUACGCCAUGGUGGGUAUUUGCAUCGGCACCAUUCUCGAUGUGAUCUUCACGAACACGCUUCUCUCAACGAAGUCAUCUUGCGUGGAUGAUUGA